CCUGUCUAUCGAAUCUUCCAGAACGUCUGUCAUCGGCGCCCUAACCUCACAUUCUUUGAAAAGCGGCAGCGCCUGCACGAGUUUUGUUUUUCGCCAAGAAAUAAAUUAAAAAGCCCAAACCAUGUUCGGUGGACAGCAGCCAAUUCUCGUGUUGAGCCAAAACACGAAGCGCGAAUCGGGCCGCAAAGUGCAGUUGGAGAACAUUCAAGCCGGAAAGGCCAUCGCUGAUGUGAUUCGCACCUGCUUGGGCCCCCAGGCCAUGUUGAAGAUGCUGAUGGACCCGAUGGGCGGCAUUGUGAUGACCAACGACGGAAAUGCCAUUCUCCGCGAGAUCACCGUGCAGCACCCGGCCGCCAAGAGCAUGAUUGAGAUUGCCCGCACACAGGACGAAGAGGUGGGUGACGGCACCACCUCGGUCAUCGUGUUGGCCGGAGAGAUGCUCGCCGCUGCUGAGCCCUUCCUGCAGCAGCAGAUCCACCCCACUGUGAUCAUUCGUGCCUACCGCGAGGCUCUCGAAGACAUUGUCGGCCAUCUGCAGACCGACCUGAGUGUGCUGCUGGAUGUUAAGGACAAGGCCAAAAUGGCCGAGGUGGUCAAGGCCUGCGUUGGCACCAAAUUCAUCGGCAAAUGGUCCGAUCUGGCUGUGAAAAUCGCCCUCGACGCCGUGCAAACAGUGACCCUGAAUGAGAAUGGUCGUCUGGAGGUUGACAUUAAGCGCUACGCCAAGGUUGAGAAGAUUCCCGGCGGCGCCAUCGAAGAGUCGUGUGUGCUGAAGGGUGUGAUGAUUAACAAGGAUGUGACCCACCCCAAGAUGCGGCGCUAUAUUGAGAACCCGCGCAUCGUGUUGCUCGACUGCUCGCUGGAGUACAAGAAGGGCGAGAGUCAGACCAACGUGGAGAUCAUCGGGGAGCAGGACUUCACCCGCAUGCUGCAGAUUGAGGAAGAGUUUGUUCAGCGUAUCUGCGCAGAUAUCAUUGCCGUUAAGCCUGACUUGGUGUUCACCGAGAAGGGAGUCUCAGAUCUGGCUCAGCACUAUCUGCUAAAGGCUGGAAUCACCGCCAUUCGCCGUCUGCGCAAAACGGACAACUUGCGCAUCGCCCGCGCCUGUGGAGCCACCAUCGUGAACCGCACUGAGGAGUUGACCGAGAAGGAUGUCGGCACGGGAGCUGGCCUCUUCGAGAUCAAGAAGAUCGGUGAUGAUUAUUUCACCUUUGUGACACAGUGCAAGGAUCCUAAGGCUUGCACCAUUCUGUUGCGCGGCGCCAGCAAGGACAUCCUCAACGAGACGGAGCGCAACCUGCAGGACGCCCUGCAUGUGGCUCGCAACCUAGUGUUGGAGCCUCGUCUGGUGCCCGGUGGCGGAGCCGUGGAGAUGGCUGUGUCCCAGCUGCUGUCCCGUAAACAGGUCAAGGGACCCUACACAGCCGUUGCCCACGCCCUGGAGAUCAUCCCACGUACCCUGGCCCAGAACUGCGGUGCCAACACAAUUCGUGCCCUUACCGCCUUGCGUGCCAAGCAUGCUUCCCAUACUGGAGAUAGUGUUUGCGCCUGGGGCAUCGACGGCGAGUCUGGCGAGAUUGUGGACAUGAACGUUAAGAACAUCUGGGAGCCGCUGGCCGUGAAGCUACAAACCUAUAAGACCGCCGUGGAGACAGCCAUCCUGCUGCUGCGUAUCGAUGACAUCGUCUCUGGGUCGAAGAAGCGUGGCGGCAAUGAGCCAACUAACCCGGCCGCCAUGGCCCAGGGCCAGGAGUAGAUCCUGCCACAAACCACGUGUAUUAAUAAUGCUUAAUAUCCUUUAAUACUUAAUUUAACAAAAACUACGAAAAAAAUGAACACAAAACCCACACACACGCCACCCUUAAAUGUUUAACAUUUAGUUCUGGACGAAAUUCGUCCGGUCCCCCCCAAAAAACACAAAAUUCUUCUGCAUUUUCUCUCAUUAACAGUACACAAAUAAAAUUGUUAAAACUCAACAA